AUGACUGCAGCUGAAAUUUGUGGUUGGAUGGAGGAGAAAAGCCUCAGGAAUACAAGAUUCGAACGUCAAGUCACAUGUGAUAUGUUGUCUCUUAUUGCAAGCCUCAUCUUGCAGAUGAUGAACAUUCUAAGAGUAGCCCAAGCAGCACAAGGUACCAGUCGCGGAAGAACUGGGGACACGACGUUUUGA